AUGAACCCUUCUCUGCGGCCCGCUCAUUUCGUUGCAGGCUCUCUGGCCGGCCCGGAGAAGGUCACCGUUCCCCCGUAUAUGUGGACGGCGGCUGAGAAGCUGAAGGACAGCGGCCGGUGGGCGGGACGUGUGAUUUCAGUGUUCCAUAUCGGGAAGCAAAUGUGCGGGCACCCAGGAUUCGUGCAUGGGGGCUUGUUGUCCGUUAUGUUCGACGAGGCAUUUGCGCGGUGCGUGUCGGCGUCGUUUCCGAGUGGACUAGGUAUGACGGCGAACCUCAAUGUGGACUUUCGGAAGCCAGCCGUCCCUGAUCGGCUGUACGUGUUGCGGGCUGAUACGGUUAAUGUUGAGGGGAGGAAGGCUUGGGUGGAGGGGAGCUUGAGCUCGUUGCCGCCUUCUGGGGAGGAGAGUGAUCCCGUUAUGGUGGCUGAAGCUAGGGCUUUGUUUGUUGAGCCCAAGUUUGCAGAGUCUAUGGUACCUCUGUAUCGCGAUUAA